CAUCAGUCUGAGGUUAGUGUCACAUCUGGUGAUUGUUACCAACGUAGUUUCAGCGACACACAAGCUACCUUCCCUAAAAUAGCACUGCAAGGGAGGAACGCAUUGAAUUGGGCUCAUUCACAUACUACAGGUACGUCCAUUCCUUUAAGGUAUAAUUCUAAAAGUCAUUUUAAUUUACUUUUUUUUUUUUUAUUUUUUUUUUUAGAUAUAAUUCAGUACCUAAUCCCCCCUCUAAUAAUAUUGUAAAGCGCUAUGGAAUCUGUUGGUGCUAUAUAAAUGGCGAUAAUAAUCUACUAACCUAUUCCUACUCAAUGCUGGAUUGUAAAGUUUACACACUAAAAACAGAAUUGUAGCAAAUUACAUUUUUUGAUGUUUAAAAUGUAAACAACAAUAGAUGAUUUGAUAACAAAUUCAAAAGUCGCCUACAGUUAUAACCAUUGGUUUUCUAAAUUCUGAAAUGAGAAUUUGGGGUUUAGUGAAUAAACCACCUGGGACGCUAGAGGUAUGUUCAAACUACAUUUCGUAGGUCGUAAAAAAAAUUUUUUUUUUACAUUUUAAUAUAUUGAACAGAUUCACCCCUACCCAAAAUCUAAUGGAAGCAUGGUAUAAACACAUUUAAAUCUAGUUUAUUGCAUAACGAAACCCCAUAUUUCAGAAUUCCUUUAUUCAUUGCAGACUCACAUGUAUCAAAUAUUGCAGAAUACUAUAAAGAAUUGCAACUGAGAGAUUGAAUGAAAAAAUAUGCCCAGAUAUGACAUAUUAUUAUUAUUUUAUUAUUUAUAUAGCGCCAACAAAUUCCGUAGCGCUGUACAAUGACAUAUGAAAAAUAACAUUUUAGUUUCGUAUAAAAAAUAAAUAAUUAAACAGUCAUUCAUCAUCAUUGGGAACCUCUAGCCAUCUAGGUGCAGAUAAGACUGCAAUUGCCAUCAUACUGAGUCAACAAGUUAUAUGCUGGGUAAUCUGUGUUAAAUUACCUUUUGCUUUUCAAAGAAUUUUGCACAUUUUCAUAUUCCAUUAUUUAAUUAUACAACCACUUUAAGAAGAAACUCUAAAAAAAAAAAAAAAUAGCAUCCCAUAUUAUUUUGUCUCAUAAAACCAACAUGUCUGCAAAAAGUAUAAUCAGCCUCCACCAUUACAAGCACAGUGAGUUAAAAUAGUAUAUGUGUUUUGGCUGUCUGAGCAAGAUGUGACUUGUAGCUUAGCAAAUAAACAUAUUGCUCUCACAUUACACAGUGAACAUUGGGAUCUUGAUUCAAACAUUAUCUAAGCACCAAAAUAUGGCCUCGGUUUAAUUUAUUUUCGAUAAGCUUUAUAAAUGAUUUAAUAUUUUUAGAUAACAUUUUGGAUAAAUAUUUUUUUUAAAUAGUGUAAUAUUUUAAUAUUUUAAUGUUUUUAAAAUAUUUUUCUCAAAAUAUUAACAUCAUAAUAAUAUUUAAAAAUAAUAUUUUAUACAUAUAUAAAUAUUAUAUAUUAUUGUUAUUAUUAUGUUAAUAUUUUGAAAAGUUUAUUCAAGAAUAUUGAAUCAUUUGAAAAAAAACAAACUCAUCCAAAAAUAUUAAAUUGACACCUAUAUUGAUUAAGAACAAUUUUUUUUUGUAUUUUUGUAUAUUUAAAUGUUAAACUUGACAUGCCUUGUACCGUCCCUACUCCACUCCCCAAGUGUCCCUAUUGAGAAGGGGAAGUCCCUAUUUCUUGGGCCCAAAUCCCUCUGUCCACUUCUCUAUGAGCUCUACAGAAAUAGCCGCCCAUGGGUUGAGAAAAUAAUAUUGAGAGGUUUAGCCAUAAAACAUCUGGGGAGGGUGCCAAAAUGUAUUCAAUGUUAAGUUGAUAAAGAACUGCUGAGGUUGCUAAAGGUUCCCUAUAAGCAUGAAUACAAUAUGUUAUUAAAGGGAUACUCUAGGGCCCAACGUGUUUGCUAUUUCUAAAGCAUUAUGUAGAUAUUAUAUUAAAAAAAAUAUACAAAACAAAAAAAGAUACUCAACUUGAAGAAAUACUCCACUACCUAGAUACCAAAAAAUAAAAAUAAAAAAUGAAAUCAUUGUUUAGUUGAUAUAACCCAAAUAAAAAAAAUGCAUGCAUUUAAUUGUGCAUUUUUUUUUUUCAAUCGGGGUAUAUCUAAAACAGCUUGCAAAAACUACCGAACUCUUGACUGCAGCCUUUGCAAGUCCCCCCCUACUAACCCCGCCUACACUUUCUGUGGCUGUCCAAUCACAGGCUUUCCAGUACAGCUCAAUGAGAAGCAUUUGCAUGACAGGCUCUCUGGGCAAUUUUUGCCUCUUGAGUUUAUCUCCACUGAGCUAAACAAACCAGGAAGUAACAAGACCAGGUGUCUGAGUAACAGCCAGUGGGGUGUAACAAGGUUAAAAGGACACUAUAGUCACCUGAACAACUUUAGCUUAAUGAAGCAGUUCUGGUGUAUAGAACAUGCCCCUGCAGCCUCACUGCUCAAUCCUCUGCCAUUUAGGAGUUAAAUCCCUUUGUUUAUGAACCCUAGUCACACCUCCCUGCAUGUGACUUGCACAGCCUUCCAUAAACACUUCCUGUAAAGAGAGCCCUAUUUAGGCUCUUUAUUGCAAGUUCUGUUUAAUUAAGAUUUUCUUAUCCCCGGCUAUGUUAAUAGCUUGCUAGACCCUGCAAAAGCCUGCACUAUUCAAACAUGAAGCUUUUCUGCAAAUUAAAGUGCUUAAGGUGUCAGGGAUGUACUUUCAAAAGCUGUGUGAUUUUUCUGCUAAGUAGACGCCUCCAAGACCAGGAAGAGGCUCCACCAAUUAGAAGUCGCUCGCUAGUCAGUGGGUUUUCUUCUUAUAGCACAAAGCCCGGCCCAGCAGGGGUAAAUGGGAUUUGUCAUGUCAGAUGAUGAGUGGAACUCUUCAAUACUUUCAAACCAAGUGAAAGGAACAGACCCUAAUGUUUUUUUGAGCGCCUUUAAUUGGCAAAGCCCAAACACCAGGGCAGUAUUCAUCAAGUCGGGGGAAUGAUACAACACAAUAACAACCACCUUGCUGAUUUCACACAGAGAGCAUUAAUCUACACUUGCACGGUCUGUCUGACCUUUCUAUACAGUGUCCCAUUAUACCAAAACAUUUAUUACACAACCACAAUAAAUUGGAUCCAAUAAAUUAUUCAUCAUGUAACAUUUCAUAUAAAAGAUGAAUUUUAGCCGGGCUGUUUACCGUUCUGCACUCAGCGCUCAGUUAUUUUAAGGGAAUGUGAGAUGGUUCCGCAAACAUGCAAUUAGCCAGGAAUAUAUUAAAUUAGCUGGGAUAAUGCAUCUCUUGUAGGUACAGUAUAGAAGCUAUUUUAGGAAUACGUUGAACAUCUGUUGGAUUCAAUAAAUAUGUAGUGAGCUUUAUGCCGAUAGCAUAGAGUAAUUUCCAUGCAUUUUAUAGACCUAGCAAAAUUCAUCUAGAACUGCAGUUUUCACGAGUAUUUGUUGAGUGACACAGAUGAAAAUAAAAAAAUUAAAAGUUUCAUAGUAUCACACAAAACCUUUUUUUAAUGGACGGACGGAAUUUUGAAACAACAACAAGCAUUUAGGAAAUCCCUUUAUGAAUGUUUUAAAUUUCAUAACGUUAGUCUUGCUUUUCCUCAAUUCUGUAAAUCCAGUAAAAAAAAAUGUUAGACGAUUACUGAAUUAAUCUAACAGAUCUGCAGGGAUCAUUUCAUAGAUACAACUCUCUAUCUCAGCAAAGGGACUAUUCAUAAUAUCUCCAGCUGUAGGGAGACCUCUAAUGCCAUCAUCUCCACUUAUUCUGUGGCGGGGAUGAAGGGAAUCAACACAACAAAAACAACAUUGCUAAACUGUGAUCCAAAUCUCAGUCGAUUUAGAGAUUUCCUCCAAUAUUGGUAUGCUGAUGUUUUACAAAUUAGUUGUAAACUCAACACAACUAAAUUCAAUUGUCAGCCUAAUUUAAAAAAACACUGUAGGGUCAGGAACACAAAAGUGUUAAAAUCACUAUCUAACCUCUUCCCACCUCACACUGUGCAGCACUGCCCCAGGAAGCACUUCUAGCAGUCAUUUGAGGAGUGGCCAGUGGAGGUAUCCCUAGGCUGUAAUGUAAACACUGCAUUUUCUCUGAAAAAGCUGUAGUUGUUCUGAUGACCAUAGUGUCCAUUUAGGUAAAAGCCCAGUGUCAUUAGAGCACUUCUUGAGGGUGGGUAACAGGGUGGACAAUGGAGAUGCUGUUGUAUACAAUGCCCCUUGGUCCCGUCAAUCUCUUAUCCUAACUUUGCUUCCUAUUGGUCUUGCUAAAGGACCAAGAUUGCGGGGCUGCAGAGGGGGACGCUCAGUUUCAUAGAAGACCCCAAAGUAAAAUGGAGUGCAAUUUCCACCACCUUAAAGUGGCUCUGUCAGCUUCUGGGUCUUUGCAUUUUGAUGACAUCACCACUUGGCAUGUGGUGCCCCAGGGGUGCAGUGCAGGUGAGUUAUACUCCCCGGGCACCUCCAUAUUCUUUCUUCAGCUCCUGGCUCUUCAUCUGUCUGGAGGCCAUAUCAGUGAUGUACUCUGGUGCAUGAGCAAGAGACCGAAAAGGAGCUCCUUUGUCAAGCGGAGGGAAAAUACAUGAGACAAAGGACUCCCCGUUUUGUCUUAUGAUAUCUUUCAGUAAAAUUCCAACACAGCCACAGUGUUUCAGAAAGAUGUUAUCUUUAUGAAAUGCUCAAAUUUUCAGGAGUGGUGACAGAGGCGCUUUAACGCAGAAUUGCCACCUCUCUGUAAAAGAGAGUACCUCAAUCCCUCAUACCAAUAAAUGCUAUUAAAGGACUAACUGGAUACGCCUGUGUUAAAAGCAAAGCAGCACUCAUCCAAAGCUAGCCAGACUUACAAUGUAAUUAAAAAAAUAAGAAUGUUACGAAUUAAAGGAACACUAUACAAACCUGUAUUCAUAACGCUAUAGUGCCCCUGUUCCUAAUUGUAUUCAGGGCCCCAGUUUGCCAUAAAAAUAUUUUUGCAAUCUUUUUACAUCAGAGAGACUCCCUCGGCGCUGCCGGCCUCUCCACCUCAGCGUCAUCAAGGAGGCAUGGUUUCCUCCAGCGAUGGUCCAAUCCAAUGCUCCUUAUGGAGAAGCAAUAGGAAAAUGAUGCUCAUGCGCGGCAAAAGUUCAUUCAAUGCAUCUCAUAAGAAUGCAAAAUCACUUGAACGACUAUUACCCGGUUAGUACAGCAGAAGUGGCUCAGUAGAACAGCCUCUAUAGGAGUGUUUACCGCUUCAAGGUAAACAUUGUUCUUUGUGCAAAAGGGCAAAAUUUCACCUUGGAGGUUAAACAUACAGGAAGACCGCAAACAGAAAACAUAAUUAAAAAGAAAAUAAUUUAAUUUUAGUAGCCGUCAGGUUGUGCAAUAUCCAAGAUGUGACAGUUUAGCUCUAACCUUUUAAUACAUGAUGACUUUACUAACUGUACAAUUUGAUGUGUGUGUGAUAGGGGUAACCAGUGAUUGGCUGCAGGAAUGCAAUGCACUCUGUGUACAAUCUGAGUAUAAAGCAGGAAUGUCAGAUUCAUCAUUUUUCCUGAACACACAACUUGUACACAAGGAUGUCAUCAGCAUUAAUUAUUAUUAGUAGUAGUAGUAGUUGUUGUAAUAAAGCACCAACAAAUUCCACAGCGCUGUACAAUAAGUAGACUAACAAACAAGUAUUUGUGAUAAGAUGAGUUGGACACCCAGGAACAGAGGGUGUUGAGGGCCCUCAUGAGACCAUUUACAAAACCAUUGGCCACAAACUGCUAUAAACACACUGCCAUGCACACAUUAAUACUGAUGCACACACAGGUAAACACUGCCAGACACACAUACACACACAUGCACAUUGCCAGACACACACACCCAAACCCAGAUGCACACUGCCAGGCACACACACACAGAUGCACACUGAAACACACACAGACAAAAAACACACACACAGAUGCACACUGCCUGACACACAGAAAUAUACACACACAAAUACACACUGCCAGACACACACACACACAAAUAUACACUGCCAGACACAGACACACAUACACAAAUAUACACUGCCAUACACACACACAGAUGCACACUCCCAGGAACACAAACUCCCACACACACACACACACACACACUGCCAGACACAGUACAGAGAUACACACUCCCAGGCACACACACACAGAGAUACACACUCCCAGGAACACACACAGAGAUACACACUCCCAGGAACACACACACACACACUGCCAGACACACACAGAGAUACACACUCCUAGGAACACACACACACACAGAGAUACACACUCCCAGGCACACACACACAGAGAUACACACUCCCAGGAACACACACACACUGCCAGACACACACAGAGAUACACACUCCCAGAAACACACACAGAGAUACACACUCCCAGGAACACACACACACACACACAGAGAUACACACUCCCAGAAACACACACAGAGAUACACACUCCCAGGAACACACACACACACACACACACACAGAGAUACACACUCCCAGGAACACACACACACACACACAGAGAUACACACUGCCACACACACACACACACACACACACUGCCAGACACAGGUACAACACACACACACUCCCAGACACACACAGAGAUACACACUCCCAGGCACACACAGAGAUACACACUGCCAGACACACACAGAGAUACACACUGCCAGACACACACACACACACACACUGCCAGACACACACACACACACACUGCCAGACACACACACACACACACUGCCAGACACACACAGAGAUACACACUGCCAGACACACACACACACACACACACACUGCCAGACACACACACACACACUGCCAGACACACACACACACACUGCCAGACACACACAGAGAUAGACACUGCCAGACACACACACAGAUACACACUCCCAGACACACACACUCCCAGACACACACAGAGAUACAUACUCCCAGACACACACACACUGCCAGGCACACACAGAGAUACACACACUGCCAGACACAGUACAUAUUAGUGAAUAUCCCUGUCGGUGUAUACAUUGUUCAUGCUAUACUAUAAUCUGUUGUUAAUCUAAAUGAGUGAUUAGUCCAGCAGUAUAUAUGAUAAGAGAACCCAUGAAUCCCAGUGCUGCUCACUCCAUAUAAUUAAACUAUAAAUAUUAACAUACCCAGACUGCCCUCCUCUGUGCAGUUACAGUCACUCACUCCCAUACACAGGAAUCCACAAAGACAAAACCAAGGUCGCAGAGGCUGCCGGGAGAUGUAGUUCUAUUCCCGGAACAUAGUGUAAAACAAACUGGAUAAGAGGACUCUUUCUCCCAAGAUGCACUGCACAAAGUAUAGUCCUGCCUGCUGUAUCUCUACAGAGAGGCUGUUGCUUAGAGCAACCCCCAAACAUUAGUUUAACCCUUUAGCUACUGGACUGCUACUGAUUGCUUAUUAGAGCAACCCCCCCAAACAUUAGUUUAACCCUUUAGCUGCUGGACUGCUACUGAUUGCUUAUUAGAGCAACCCCCAAACAUUAGUUUAACCCUUUAGCUGCUGGACUGCUACUGACUUCACAGAUAGUGUAUUAUAGGUGGUGAUAGUGUAUUAUAUAUUUCAAAAUAUUUAAGACUGCCAAAUGUAUUUAGUGUAAAUUAUUUUUAUUUUUUGGGGGGGAGUCUAAGUAUUAAAAAGUAAAUAGCCUUUAAAAGUUAAUGGUUUAAUAUUCCUCUAUCAUUGCUCUGCUUUACAAUGUCCCUGUACUGCGCUCCAGAAUAUGCUGGAGCUUUAUAAAUUAUUACCUGCCAAACUUGCUUGCGCUCCCCACUCCCGGGAAGGUGGUGGGCAGGCCAGGCAAGAGAGCAGGCAGCCCAGGGCAGAGUGCAAGGGGCAUUUGCGCCCGUCAAAGCUGAGGGCCCAUCCCUACAGAGGGUAUCCAGGCUGGUUGUUAGCAUUCCCCCCAAGGCAGACCAUAAAUAAAGCAAUCCAUGCCAGGUUCUUGUACCCAAUCCUUGGACAGGUCAUCAUGAUGACCCAGUUUUCCAGGGAUAGUAACUCGAAAAGCAAGACUGUCCCGGCAAAUUCGGGGCUGUUGGCACCUAUGAAUGAGAUACACAAUACAGUAUAGUUGUGGACUGGUGUCCCUAAUGCGUGUUUGUUGUGCAGAAAUGUUAAAGGACACUAAAGGCACCCAGACCACUUCAUGUCAUUGAGUGCAGUGACCCUGUCCUCUUUUUUUGUAGAGAAACUGCAAUGUUUACAUUGCACGGUUAAGACUGCCUCUUGUCGCUUUCUACCAGACAGUCACUAGAGGCGCUUCCUGCAACGACGCUGGACGUCCAGCGUCUUCAAAUCCCCAUAGGAAAGCAUUGAGUCAAUGCUUUCCUAUGGGGAAGGAAUAAUGUGUGCAAAUUAGGUUCCCCCUUAUUGCUGACGUCGGAGGAGGCAGAGACGGAGCCAGCACCAAAUGACCUCAGCGCUGGAAAGAGGUAAAUGUUUAAUUAGGUUUUUCAACCCUUUAAGUACCGGGGGGGGGGAGAGGGCCAGACAAUAGCUUUAGGACAGAGGGACACUAUAGCGUUAGGAAUACAGAUUUUUAUCCCUUCCCGUUUGAUAAAUUCCUUUCUCUGCAUUCUCCUUCGACACACUUUUAAUCUGUUACAUAUUAAUGUAUUUCCUUAUAAUAAUUUCUUCUCAAUAAACAUUCACAGUAAAAACUAUUAAUAUAAACAGACGUGGGUUAUUUACAAAACUGAAGUGUGUUGGGAAAUCAUAGAAUUUCACGUUUUAGGCCAAAAUUAAUUGAUAGCAAAAAAUCUCCAACUUGGUUAUUGUUGCGACUUUACUUUUUUGGCAUCAUAUUUGAAAUUCCUUAUUCACUUUAUAAUAAAUGAUUGUUCAGUAAAUAAUAGUGAUAAAAAUUUAAAAAAAAAAAAUACAAACGUAUGAGAAAUCAAGGCAUGAAUGACAAAAUGCCAUCAAUAACCCUGCCGACUAUGAAUCUCACAAUCCUUAUCCAGCAUCUCCCCAAAAGGUGACAAAACAUUCCACCAAAAUGGCAGCCCUUUUAAAGUAAAAAGAAAAACACACAAAAAAACAAAUAAUCUUUGACUAUUAAACCCCAUGCAUUCCAUUCUAUUGUGAACAUAGUGGUAGGUGGCUCUAUUCUGUAUAUCCUGAAGUGGAGGUUUAACCCCUUAAGGACUAGACUGUUUUUGCAAUGUUGUACAUUUGCGACCAGGCAUAUUUUUACACUUUUGUGGUGUUUGUGUUUGGCUGUAAUUUUCCGCUCUCUCAUUUACUGUUCCCAUACAAAUUAUAUAUUGUUUUUUUCAGGACAAAAGGGGCUUUCUUUACAUACCAUUAUUUAUAUAAUCUCAUGUAUUUUAAUUUAAAAAAAAUAAAAAAAUAUGAUGAAAAAUUGAAAAAAUACAUGUUUUUUGACUUUUACUUGAAAAAUCUUUUACUCAUCUACAAAAGCGAAUGAAAAAAACUGCUAAAUAGAUUCAAAAUUUUGUCCUGAGUUUAAAAAUACCUAGUGUUUACGUGCUUUUUUGCUUUUUUUUGCAUGUUAUAGGGCUAUAGGUACAAGUAGGAUAUUGCGGUUUCAAAACAUACAUUUUAAAAUUUAUCAAUAGUGACAUUGUAACACUAUUAUCUGUCAUAAAUCUCUGAAUAACACCCCACAUGUACAUAUUUUUUUUAAAGUAGACAACCCAGGGUAUUCAAUAUGGGGUAUGUCCAGUCUUUUUUAGUAGCCACUUAGUCGAAAACACUGGCCAAAGUAAGCAUUCAUAUUUGUUUGUGUGUGAAAAAAGUAAAAACUAAAUUGAACGCUAAUUUUGGCCAGUGUUUGUGACCAAGUGGUUACUAAAAAAGACUGGACAUACCCCAUUUGCAAUACCUUGGGUUGUCUUCUUUUGCAAAUGGUAUGCCAUCAUGGGGGUAAUUCUCAUUCCUGGGCUACCAUACGCUCUCAAAGGCAACGUAACCAACCUGGCCAUUUUCAAUGUAAAAAUAUUUGACCCAUAUAUUUGACCCUGUAACUUUCAAAAAUGCUAUAAAACCUGUACAUGGGGGGUACUGUUUUACUCAGGAGACAUUGCUGAACACAAAUAUUAGUGUUUAAAAACUGGAAAACGUAUCACAACAAUUAUAUCAUCAGUAAAAGUGCUGUUUGUGUGUGAAAAAUGCAAAAAAGUAACUUUCACUGACAAUAUCAUCACUGUGAUAUGUUUUACUGUUUUGAAUCACUAAUAUUUGUGUUCAGCGAAGUCUCCCGAGUAAAACAGUACCCCCCAUGUACAGGUUUUAGGGUGUCGUAGAACGUUACAGGGUAAAAUACAGUGCUAGCAAAUUAAAUUCUCUGGAAUUUCGGCCUGGGUUGGCAGGCAGGUCCCUCAAAUUGCAAUCAAUAAAAUUACUGAAUUAUGUAAAAAUAUUACAUAAAUACGCACGUAGAAUUUAAAUAUAUAUGCAUAUUUAUAUAUUUGAAGUCUACGUGUAUAUUUAUAUAAUUAUUUAUGUAAUUUUGUAUAUGGACGUAUGUAUAUUUCUUAUUAUUUUUAUUUAUUUUUAUAUACAUAGAUAUAUAUACAAAUUCAUUCUAAGUGUAUUUUGAUAUAAAUAUAUAUAUAUUAAUUUUAAAAUACAGUUAGAAUAAAAUUUCAUAUAGAUAUAUAAUUUUUUUUUAAAUUUUUAUUAUUUAAAAAAAAUUAUUUAAUUUAAAUUACUUAUUAUUUAUAUUUUAUAAUAAUAUAUAUAUACAAUAUAUAUAGUUAUUAUAUAUAUUAUAUAUAUACGUGUGUAAUUUAAUUAUAAGUGUAUUUUUAUAUUAAUAUAAGUACAUAUUAAUAUAAAAAUACACUUAGUAUGGCAUUAUAUAUAUGAUAUAUAGACAUAUAUUAUAUAGAUAUAAUAUAUGUCUAUAUAUCAUAUAUACACCUAUAUAAUUAUUAUUAUUUUUUUUAUUAACAUUAACUUUAUUUUAUUUUUUGAUUUUACACUAGCAGGGAGACUGCCUGUCAGCACAGGCAGUCCCCCUGCAGGCAGACACAUGGACACCUAUUGUGACCAUGUGAUCGCUGUGUUAAGCGAUCACAUGGCCACAGGGGGUCCUAAUUCAGUGUGGGGAGACUGUCUGGGCUGCAGGCAGUCUCCCCACAACCGGAGCCACGCUGAUCGCCGCCGGGGGAACGACGGCGAUCAGGUAAGUAACUAAGACCGUUAGGACGGUUCAGGACCGUCAUCGGUCCUCAAGGCAAAAAUGCCGAUGACGGUCCUGAACCGUCCUCGGUCCUUAAGGGGUUAACAAACAAAUCCCUUUUGUAUGUAAUUAUUUAUUUAUCUUUUUAUAGAGUGUUAUAUUUCCUGUACGUAAAUACCCGUCUUCAAAACUAUUAAAGGGACACUGUAGGCACUAUUACAAUUUCAUCUUAAUAAAGUAGUUAUUCACGGCCGUCUUUAAAGCGGGGCAAACGGGGCAGCUGCCCCAAGCCCACUCACUCCUGGGGGGCCCAAUGCAGCUACCCCGUGGGCCCCGCUGUCCGUAAAAAAAAUUUUUUUUCCCCAUGGGCCCGCCGGUGCAGACGCUGCACCGGGAGCCCACACACUAAUAGGGGCCCCCUUAUUUUACUGCAGCAGGCUGGGAGGAAGUGACUGCCGUGAGUCACUUCCUCCAAGAUAGACUGAAACCGCGCGGGAUGGAGGAGGAGGAGGCCGUCAGGAAGGAGCUGGAGUGCAGGAGCCUCACACUCCCAACGACCUCAGCCUGCCACUGGACCCCAGGGAACCCAUAAGGUAAGCUGGAGGGUUAGAGCACAGAUUUUUACCCAUCCUGGUUGUAUAUCUGAAAGUUAUAAAGUGUACAUGCUAAGUAGUUUGUAGGGUGUUUUUUUUAUACAGUGAUCUGCUUUUCUGUGUGUUUGUUAUAUACAGUGCAUUGCAUAUGCAUGUGAUGAUGGCUUUACAUAUGGCUUUAAUGACCAAUUGUUAUACAUAUUUAUAGAUUGUUUACAAAUGCCUGCAAUAUCAGGUUAAUUCUUGUGCCUGAAUCCAUUUUAAAUCCAGAGGGGAAUUGCUUUCAUGCAUGCCAAUGUCCAUUUUAGGUUUGCAUAAGGUUUUAUAGAUGCUCCAAUAGCUUCAUGUUGUAAUUAUUUUGUCUUCCAAUGACAUUAUGUCCUUUUAUGUUAUGGGUGAAAUUACUGUCAUUAAAACCUCCAGCUACAUUUCAGCACUGCCCUGUGCCCCAUUAUAUCUAUUCCUCAUUUUACACAGCUGGACUGUCUGUGUCUGUCAGGGUUUCUGUGUGUGUAUGUCAGUCUGUCAGUGUGUCUUAGUAUGUGUGUGAGUAUGUCUGUCAAGGUGUCUGUGUGUGUGUAGUAUGUCUGUCUGUGUCAGUAUAUCUGUGUGUGUCUUAGUAUGUGUGUGAGUAUGUCUGUCAGGGUGUCUGUGUGUGUGUGUGUCUUAGUAUGUCUGCGUAUGUGUGUGAGUAUGUCUGUCAGGGUGUGUGUGUGUGUGUGUGUGUCACUAUUUCUGUGUGUGUAUCAGUAUGUCUGUCAGGGUGUGUCACUAUGUCAGUGUGUCAGUAUGUCUGCCAGUGUGUAUCUCUGUUGUCAGUAUGUAUAUCUAUGUGUGUAUAUCUCUGUAUCUGUAUUUAGUAUAUCUAUGUUUCUCUAUGUGGUAUGUGUGUAUCUGCAUAUGUGUCAGAUUGUGUAUCUGCGUAUCUGUAUGUGUGUCAGUUUGUAUAUCUGUAUGUUAUCAUUGUAUGUAUUUGUGUAUCUGUAUGUUGUCAGUGUGUGUACCUGCAUGUAUAUCUGUGUGCAUCUGUAUAUAGUCAGUGUUUUUAUCUGUGUACCUGCGUGUGUGUCAGUAUAUGCAUCAGUGUGUCUGAGUAUCCAUAUGUGUCAGUGUUUGUAUAUAUGUCUCUGUAUGUGUGUCAGGUUGUGUAUCUGUGUGUCUGUAUGUGUUAGUGUGUGUAUCUGUGUCAGUCUGUAUCUGCAUGUGUGUUAGUGUUAGUGUGAGUGUCAGUGUUUAUAUCUGUGUGUCUGCAUGUGUUUCAGUGUGUGUGUGUGUAUGAGUAUCACAGUGUGUGUGUGUGUGGCAGUGUAUGUGUACAUGUGCAUACAUAUCAUCAUUCAAAUCACCAACACUACACUCAAGUACACCCCUGCAUUCAACCUUCAACACUACAUACAAACACAGUCCUGCAUUGAAACGUCAACAAUACAUAUAAACACAUCUUUGUGUUAAACACCAAAAAUAUAUAUAAACACACCCCAGCAUUAAAAAGCAAAAACAACUACACAUAGAUGCAUGCUUGCAUUCAAACACCAACAACACCUACAAACACACCCCUACAUUUACACAAACAUACUCCAUACAAAAACAUGCUUCCAUUCAAACACAUAAAUACAACUCUGCAAGCAUGGGAAAAUGGUUCCGCUACUGCGUUGGGAAGUGGAGAGCGUGAUUGCAUGUCAGGGAGUGGGGGUUAGGGGGCCCCAUCAAAUGCUUGCCCAGGGCCCAAUCAAUAUUAAAGACGGCCCUGUAGUUAUUGUGCCUGGAGUCCUCUGGCACUGUGCCUCGAUUCAGUGUUAAAACAUUUUUCAAGCAGUUUAAAACUGUACGAUGGUCCCUGGCCGCCCACCGCCCAGCCCGCACUAGAGGUGUGGCUAAGGCAGAGAUUACACACUUCCUUAUUCAUACCAGCAAUGGGUGCUGUGAUAGGCUCUCAGCCAAUCACAUUACCUCAUCGCUUGAUCCGGCUAACGCUUCCCCAUAAGCCCAAACAGUACGGAGUGGUUGGGCUGCUGGGAACUCUUGUUUAGCAUUACAAGAUUAAAAACGUUUUAAUUCUGGAGGAAGAACGGCACCAGGGGUUUUCAGACAUUAUAACAACUUUAAUGAGAUGAAGCAUACGAUGUCCCUUUAAAUAAUUUGAAAGAACCAAAAUAUGGGCAGUUUCACAAUUAAGACUACAAUUCAAGAGAUGCGCUCCAUUUUACUAAGAUAUUGCAUUAAAGUGACAAGAUUUUUUUAAUUAAGGGAAGAAUUAGAACUAAAAUGCACGCUAUGGGGUGGCUUUCUGUAAAUGCAUAUCUCCCACUUAAAAAAUAACUUUUUUGUCCACUAGUUUACAAGAACAAUAAAUAUAAAAGGGCCUGAUGAUUUAUUUUUUAUUUAUUUUUUUUUAGCUAUUGACGUCUGCAUUCGUUAUGACCCUACAGAUAGUGACAGCUGUCAAUAAUACCACACUGAUCCAACCUGGGUUUUCACUGCUGCGUUUUGGGAGCCAUUUAUUUUUCUUUGGACAGAAAGGCUGGCCAAAGCGUUCAUGCCCCACAGGGGUCUUCUUGGUGGAUUUAAAAAACAAUGAACUUAAACUACGCCCCACCAUGUUUAACAAUGACUCUUGCUACUUACCUCCUCUGAGGAACCCAGCUGUCUGCAGUCUUCCUACAAACUCUGGCAAUGAAGACACACAGUAUCUAAUACAUGGAGGGAAGACACCGAACAAUGAGUUAUCUUCCAAGCUAUACAUGAUGUCUGUGGCACCACUGAUCAACAAGAAAAUUAUUCUUUGCUGUUCUGAGAAAGAGAUAGAAGGAGACAUCCCAGAAGCAAGAUAUGGCCAUUCCAUGAAUGUAGUACAUAGCCGAGACAAAUCAGCAGUGGUAAUCUUUGGUGGAAGGUCUUACUUGCCAUUGAAUCAACGAACAACAGAAAACUGGAACUGUGUGGUUGAUUGCCAGCCAUUGCUUUAUCUUAUUGAUCUUCAGUUUGGAUGUUCAAGUUCUUACUUGAUUCCUGAACUUCAGGAUGGAAUUUCCUUCCAUUCUUCAUUAGCCAAGAAUGACAUUAUCUAUAUUUUAGGAGGACAUUCAUAUGAAAAUAAUCUCAGGGCCCGAAACAUCUAUAAGAUUAAGGUUGACCUACCACUUGGGAGUCCAAAGGUAACUUGUGAAGUCCUACAAGGCAGCAUUUCUUUCUCCAGUGCGAUUGUAACCAAAACCAGCCCUGAUGAGUUCUUGAUUGUUGGUGGAUAUGAGUCUGACAGUAAUAAAAGGCUUACUUGUAACAGAGUUUGCCUAAGUGAUGACUCUAUUGAUAUCCAAGAAUUUGAAUCUCCAGAUUGGACAGCGGAGAUUAAACAUAGCAAAACUUGGUUUGGUGGUGAUAUGGGCCAUGGAAUGGUUUUAAUAGGUGUCCCAGGUGAUAAUAAGCACCAACCUUCAGAAAGCAACUUCUACUUUUAUGUAUUAAACCUUGGGCAAAAUGGGGACUUGAUGUUGCAGUCAUGUAGCCAAGAAUCUCUAGAAGAACAAGAAGACUCCAUGCCUCUUGAAGACUCUGAAGAGUUUACAUUCAACAUUUUUGAUGAAGAUGUGUAUAACGAAGAUGAUGAAGAAGAUGAGUCAGUGACUGGAUACUGGAUUACAUGCUGUGCAGACUGUAUUGUGGAUAUAAAUACUUGGGUACCAUUCUACUCCACCGAGCUCAACAAACCAGCCAUGAUCUACUGCUCUAGUGAAGGUGGGCAUUGGGUGCAUUCCCAGUGUAUGGACCUAUCAGAGAGUAUGCUUGUCCAUCUGUCUGAAAACAAUAUCAAGUAUUUCUGCAAGGAACAUGUUAACUUGGCAAGAGGCCUUCAAACACCGAAGAAGGACAACCCUGUCAUGAAGCCAUCAAUGAAAAAGGUUGGGAAGAAGCCAUUGGUCAGGAGAUUGUCAGAAGUAAAGAAAUCUUUUCUCAGACGUUUGUUUGAUUGAUUACUUUGAUUUCUGUGAGAUUCAGUAGUUUGAUAACCCUAAAGAUUUAUCUCAGUAACCAGAAUUUGUUAUGCUAAUUGUUACUGAAAAUGAAUGCAG